AUGUGGUCUCUCCUAGUGGUAUUCUUAGUGUGUGCAGGACUGCAGGUCCAGGCCUGUGUCGAACGAGUCCCAAUGGUGAAAAUGCGCGGUACGCUGGUGACAAUGCGAAAGAAUCAGAAUAUGGCCAACUGCACUGGGAAUUGCGGGUCCUUGGUGGGCAGAACUCGAACCGAAACUUAUAUGUCGUCCGAAGAAGUUUGCUGCGAUGGCUACAAGCGAAAUGAAGCCGAUGAAUGCGCGCCCCAGUGCAAGGAUUGCGGUGAUGGAAUCUGCCUGGCGCCCAAUGAGUGCCUGUGCCGCAAGGGCUACUCUAAUCGACGGAAUCGAAGCCACUGCGAGCCGGAGUGCAGCGAGUCCUGCGUGAACGGCAGCUGCGUGGCCCCGGACGAGUGCCAGUGUGUCUCCGGCUACAAGUUUGUCAACGGUUCCAGGACAGUAUGCGAGCCGGUCUGCUCGGAGAACUGCGCCCACGGCCACUGCGCGGAGGGUGGAAAGUGCGUGUGCAACGUCGGCUACCAGCGGGACGAAAAGCUGAAGAAGUGCGUGCCGGUCUGCCAGGACGCCUGCUUCCGCGGCGACUGUGUGGCGCCGAACGAGUGCAAGUGCCGCGCCGGCCAUGCGCCACGGCUGGGCCAGCCCUGGAGAUGCGAUCCGAUCUGCUCCAGCGGCUGCGCCAACGGCGCCUGCCUGGAGCCCGAGGAAUGCUACUGCAAGAUCGGCUACAACCACACGGACGGUAAACUUACCUCAGGCUGCCAGCCGGUGUGUGAGCCGGCUUGCGUGAAUGGCACCUGCAUCUCACCCGGGCAAUGUGCCUGCUCCGAGGGUUAUGUCUACGCCGACGGCUCCCGCAAUGUGUGCGUGCCCACCUGCAAGUCCGGCUGUGAGAACGGCUUCUGCAGCUCUCCCGGUCAGUGCGAGUGCCACGGGGGCUUUGUAAAGACCUCGCCGCAUCGGUGCACGCCCACCUGUCAGCCGGAAUGCAGGCCCAACUCCCAAUGCAUCGAUCCCAACACCUGCAGCUGCGAUCCGGGCUAUGACUUUGUCAACUCAAGCUCUCUUGAGUGCGAGCCCCAAUGCCAGAGGGGCUGCCGAAACGGGAUCUGCAGCAGUCCUCAGACGUGCACCUGCCUGGAGGGUUACACGCCGCUGCUCUAUUUCUACUGCAUUCCAAUCUGCUCAAAGCCCUGCCUGCACGGCAGCUGUGUGUCGCCCAACGAGUGCCGGUGCUUCUCCGGCUAUCGACCCAGUGCCACCCUGGGAUCGAGUGUCUGCGAGCCGAUCUGUAGCCAGGACUGUGGACACGGCCGCUGCAUUGCCCCGGAGGUCUGCCAGUGCGACGAGGGCUACGCGAAGCGCUGGCCGCGCGGUUCCUGCGAGCCGCAUUGUCCGCAAAAGUGCGUGAACAGCCACUGCGUAGGAGCGGGUCAGUGCCGCUGCUAUGAAGGUUACAAGCUUCGAACGGGCUCUAGUUCCAUCUGCGACCCGGUGUGUUCGCCCAGCUGCAUCAACGGCACCUGCGUGGAGCCCAACACCUGCGCCUGCCUGACGGGCUUCGAGGACACUAAGGUGUCGUACCAGUGUGUUCCCACCUGCCGGCCCAGGUGCGAGAACGGAGUAUGCUCAGCUCCCGGGCACUGUGACUGCAAUCCCGGCCACGUAGUGCUCAAUGCCAGCGAGCCGAACUUCUGCAGCCCGCAGUGCUCGACGCAGUGCGUGAAUGCCGAGUGCCUGGCGCCCGAAAAGUGCGUCUGCCUGCCCGGCUACCAGAUGAUGCCCGGCAGCAGCAGCGAAUGCGAGCCGGUCUGCUCCAAGGGCUGUCGCUUUGGCUGGGAGUGCACAGCCCCGGACACGUGCGAGGGAAUUAUUUCCGGUGUCAGCUCAUCCCAGCCUGGACACCUGGCCUUCCACUGGACCAUGUUCGUGCUGGCCAUCCUCCUCUGCCUGGCCCUGGUAAUGACGCCCCUGCUGGUCAUCCGAGAGCUGCAGCGUCGGCGGCGCGAAGGCGACAAGCAGAGGACCCACCUUAUCGAGAACCCCUCCUACGGAGUUGUGCUGGCCAACAGCGAGGAGGCGGCCAGCGAGCAGGCCAUAGGUCUGGGGGACUAA